UGUCCAAAAGAGUUUCCAACACAUAGUGAUUUUGGUUCUUUUCUUUGACCAUUAUAUCAUUCAAACAUGUUUCUACAUCUAAACUAAUUUAAGUCUUUUUCAACAUUUAUGUCAAUUUGCAUCCAUUUUUCUUGUUUGAUUUGUGUAUAAGAUAAGAUAUUUCUGUUAUAUCAUUAUUAUUACUAUAGCUAGAUAGAUCAAGGUAUACUUAUGAAUUAUAAUAAUAUUAGUAUUACAGAGAAAUUAAAUCAGGAAGAAAUUAACAUGGGAACUGCUGCUCAAAGUUCUUCAGAAAUCUAUACAAGUGAUAGUGAAAAGGGUUUUGCAAUGGGUCAUCCCUCUUCUAGUUCACCUGAGUUAGAUGCAGGAGCAAAGUUUGUUCUUGUAUCUCAAGGAUCAUGGUUACACUGUGGUUAUCAUUUGACAACAUCUAUUGUUGGACCUGUGAUUCUUACACUUCCAUUUACAUUCACUCUUCUGGGUUGGUUUGGAGGAGUGAUUUGGUUGAUUCUAGCAGGAGUUAUUACAUUCUAUUCGUAUAAUCUUUUAUCUCUUGUCUUGGAACAUCAUGCUCAGCUCGGUCGUCGCCAGCUUAGGUUUCGAGAUAUGACUAGAGAUAUUUUAGGACCUAGAUGGGCAAAAUACUAUAUAGGCCCUCUUCAAUUUAUCAUAUGCUUUGGGACAGUAAUUGGUGGUCCUCUUGUUGGAGGAAAGAGUCUCAAGUUCAUUUACCAACUCUACCAUCCAGAAGGAGGAAUGAAGCUUUACCAAUUCAUUAUUAUAUGUGGAGUUGUAACAAUGGUUUUAGCUCAACUUCCAUCUUUUCAUUCCUUGAGACAUAUUAAUCUCAUUUCUCUGAUUCUCUGUGUGACUUACGCAACGUUUCUAACAGUCGGUUCGAUAUACAUCGGUCACUCGAAAGACGCGCCGCCGAGACAUUAUUCUAUAAAAGGCUCUCAUACAGAUAAACUCUUUGGUGUCUUCAAUGGUAUUUCAAUCAUUGCUACAUGUUAUGCUAGUGGAAUCAUUCCAGAAAUUCAGGCAACUUUGGCACCUCCUGUGAAAGGAAAAAUGUUCAAAGGACUAUGUGUUUGUUAUUCUGUUAUAUUAGCUACAUAUUUCAGUGUUGCUAUUUCUGGUUAUUGGGCAUUUGGAAAUGCAUCUGGUGCAACAGUUCUUGCUAACUACAUUGGAGAGACAAAACUAUUAUUACCAAAAUGGUUUUUCUUGAUGACUAAUAUACUCAUCCUUCUUCAAGUGUUUGGAUUGACUGCGGUAUAUUUGCAACCGACAAACGAACUAUUUGAAACGAUUUUCGGAGAUCCGAAAAAAGGACAGUUUUCGAUGCGCAACGUUGUGCCGAGAGUAUUGUCUAGGUCAAUAUCAGUAGCAGCAGCCACUCUCUUUGCAGCUAUGUUGCCAUUCUUUCCGGAUAUAAUGGCAUUGUUUGGAGCAUUUGCAUUCAUUCCUCUUGAUUUCAUUUUGCCUAUGGUUUUUUUCAAUAUAACUUUCAAGCCUUCCAAACAAAGCUUAAUAUUUUGGGUGAAUACAUUGAUUGGAGGAGGGUCUUCAAUUUUAGUUGUGAUAGGUGGAAUAGCAUCAAUUAGACAAAUAGUCCUUGAUGCCAAAACAUAUAGUUUAUUUUCUGAUUCUUAAUUAUGUAUAAAAAUUAUAAUUGUAAUAUAGUGAGAAACAAUACACAAUUCAUUUUUAAGUUACUUUAUAUGUUUUCUGAUAUUUAAUAUUAUAUCUGUGCAUGUUUGAAAUAACAGUGAGUUUGACAAAAUUCUUGUUAUUUUAUUAAAGGUUAAUCAGAUGAUCUGAAUCUCGAAUUUAUUCUUAUGAAAAUUGAAUAAAAUUUGAAAAAGAAAAUGAAAUUAAAAAGAAAAAAAAAUUGAAGGUGACAUUGAAGUUAUCUUGAAUUUUGGCCAUUUAUGAAGUUUUCCUACACUCAACUAUUACGUGAACAUUAUGAAAAAGGAAUGUCAAUUUCAAUAAUUAUUAGUUAAACUAUAGAUGCACAUAAUUUAGUUUGUUUACUAUCACUAAAUCAUCCUAAUUAUUUAAUUUUAAUUAUAACUACUAAAUUCACACUCAUAAAUACCAUAAAUAUAAAUAAAUUCACUGAAUUUAAAUUUACAAUUAAAAUAAAUAAGAAUUAUUUUGAUUUUUUGAGUAUGAAAGUAAUUAAGAAAAAUAGAAGAUAUUUAGAGAGAAUGGCAUUGGCACGGUUGUUGUGGUGCAGUUAACAAUAAUUCUAUAAAUAAAUCAUUUACAGAAUCAAAGCAAAGCAAUUCAAACAGAUUCCAUCGCUUCCGUUUCCGUUGGUAUCUCCGCCGUCAGAAUGAGUAACAAAUCCACCGGAACAAUGGUGGUUACCACCACCGCUACUACUCAACAGCCACAAGAAGUAGUUGAAACGCCGAAGAAGCCCUUCAUUCCUUUCUUCCCCAAUUUCAAUUUCAACUUCAAACUCCCUCCUUUUUUCUUCCCACCAAAACAGCACCAUCAGCGUCAGCAUCAGGGUGAGGAAGAAGGAAAGGCUCCGAAUGUUGUGACGUUUCCGAAAACCGAACAAUCUGCUGUUGUUAUUCCUGCGCCUCUUCAGGCUCAACCUGAUUCUCAGAGCCUUUCUGCCAAGACUUCUGAUCCCUUUAAGCUUUACCAGAUUUAUGCAGUAGGAGCAUUCCUUGUUUCGAGUUGGAUUUGGGCAAGGUGGAAUGAGAGGAAGGCUCGAGGGAGGUCUCCGAAUGACGAAGACGAUGGUGCUGGAUCACAGGAAAAUGAAUAGAUAUUUGUAGUACUUGUAUACAAUAAUGAUGCUACUUGAAUAUUUUCACACUGUUUCAAAGAAAAAUUUGUUUCAUUUUCUUCA